AUGGAUCGCGUCGAACCGUCCGUCGAUUCGCCAGCCGGCGCCGGAGAACCGAACGCUUCGCCGCGGCGACAGCGGCAGACUAGUCCGGACGGCCCGGUCCUGGACUUGGAGGGCGUGGUGGUGCACGUAAAGAGCGCCCGCGAGGAGGAAGGACUCUUGGUGGCGCUGGAGGAGCUGGAGGGACUGGUUCACGGCAACAUGGUGCCGGACGAGGUCGGGGGGAACGUCGUCGCAGUUCUACUCGACAGGGUGGGUUCCGUCGAGAAGGAGAACAGGCUGAAGAUUUUCUCGCUCCUUAGGAGCCUGGCCUCACAGAACGAUGUGAUCAAGGUUCGGAUAAGGCAAUCGUUCUUCUUCUAUCUGGUUCCCCAAUAAUUUCAGUCAAAUUUACAUUCUUUCAAUGUACCCAAGUACAAUACGGAACAACAGUGUUCCCCAGCAUGAUACAUGACCCCCUAGGUAUCCCAUUCCAAGCAAUAACUUCGCAGAAUUAUGCCCCAAUAUGUUGGGUCAUUACAUGUCCUUUUAAAGCUCUCGAGUAUCAGUCCUUCGAUCCACGAGACUCAGUACGGGGUCUGAUUCCUGAAUGUUUGACCAUAUCUUAUACCAUUUCGUCGUGCCCAGGAGAAGAUGGCGGAGAUCGGAUCCCUGUCUGUAAUCGUUCCCUCUUUGAUCAGAGAGAUCACAGAGAGUAGAGCGGCGGCUGGGCUUCUAUCAGAUUUAUUGGGGGUUUCAUCGGUGAGCCGAAGGAUGGGGAGAGUUCAAGGUUGCAUACUGAUGCUGGUAACGUUACUCAACGGAGAAGACCAUCUGGCCUCGGCAGAUGCCAGGAAGAUUCUGGAUGCCCUCUCUGUCCACACCCAAAAUGUGCUGCUCAUGGCUGAGGCGGGGUACUUUAAGCCCAUGCUGCAUUACCUAAAGCGAGGUAUCUUCUGAGAAGAUCUACCUGAUCUUCCAUCGCCUCAUGGACCCGAACAGUGUUGUUUAUGUCCGUGCCCAUGGGGUUUCUGUUGAGCCCACGCUUGACCAAGACCGAAAGCAAGGAUCUUGGGGUUUCCGUGCCUAUCAAUUGAACCCAUCUGACCUUCUCUCUUCGUGAAAUGUCCGGAAUUCCUCUCAUUAUCUCCUUCGGCUUCCCUUUCUGGCUAUUCUGAUCAUUUGCGGCUUUGGGGCCUGGUGAAGAAACCUGCCCUUUGGCCAUGAACUGACCGCUCCCCGUUCUCCAGGCUCUGAUAUGAACAAGAUCCUCAUGGCCACGGCGAUUUCGCGGACGGAGCUGACGGAGCAGAAGAAGGUCGCCCUCGGAGACGGAUCCAUCGGGCCCCUCACGGAGAUGUUCACCUCGGGGAAACUCGAGGCCAAGCUCUGCGCAUUGGCCGCCAUUCAGAAGCUCUGCUCCUCAGGGGUAAAUGUGGAGCGCCUCAUCGAGGCCGGGUUUGUGACCCCUCUGCUUCAGCUGCUCUACUCAGUCACGUCCGUUCAGAUGACGCUCAGAGAGCCGGCCGCAGCCCUGCUCGCAUCCAUGGCGGAAUCUAGGUCGAUCCUGAAGCGCAGGAGCUUAGUUCGGCGGAUGCUUUCCCUUCUCAGCACUUCCAACUCCGUGAUUCAGUCCCACCUUCUACGGGCCCUCAACAACAUCGCCAGCCACCCGCGCUCCUUGAAGAUGAGACUAGAAAUGAAAGAAAAUGGCGCGGUCGAGCUCCUCCUGCCACUACUUUUGGAGGACACAGAACUCAGACGCCUUGCGCUGAGGAUACUAUUCAAUAUUUCCAGAGAUUUGGAUUUGACGGCGGAGCUGACGGGCUCCCAUCUCGAUCUGUUGGUCAACGUCAUCACGACGUCCAGAGAUCAAGAUCAGAAGGCUGCAGCCUGUGGAGUCCUGAGCAACAUCCCUACCAGCGACAAAAAGUCAACCGAGGCCCUUUCCAGAGCAAAUCUACUCCCUGUCCUUCUCUCCCUGCUCGAAGAAACGAUCUCCUCCUCUUCGACGCCAUCCAGCGCUCUGGCGCUCGAGGGCAUUACCGGCGUUCUGACGAGGUUCACUGUCCCCUGGGACAAGAAUUUGCAGAGGACGGCAGCGGAGCUUGGGGCCAUUCCUCUCCUCGUCAGGCUGCUCUCAGAGGAGAAGGCCUCCCCCGUCGUCCGCUCCAGAGCAGCCACUUCCUUGGCCCAGCUGUCCCAGAAUUCUCUCUCCUUGAGCAAAGCCAAGGCCGCGAGGUGGGCGUGCGUUCCUUCCUCGGAGACGUUCUGCCAAGUCCACGGCUGCAGGUGCUCCCCUAGAACCACCUUCUGCAUCGAAAAGGCCGGCGCCGUCCCCCCAUUGAUACAGAUCCUGCUGAGCGGCGAGAGAGGGGCCGACGAGGCGGCCCUCGAGGCCCUCGCGACUCUGCUGCAGGACGAGACGUGCGAGAGCGGGAUCGACGUCUUGGAGAAGAACUCGGGCGUCCACGCCAUCAUCAGGGUUCUCCAAUUGGGGAGUCCGAGGGCCCAAGAGAAGGCCCUCUGGAUCCUGGAGCGCGUGUUUAGGAAUGAAGGCUGCAGGGGCAGGUACGGCCCAGCCGCCCAGGUUUUGCUCAUCGAUCUCGCCCGGGAGGGCAAUCACUCUCUGAAGCCAAUGAUCGGUCAGAUACUUGCUCAUCUCCAGCUCCUACCAUUGCAACCGAACUAUUUCUGA